CCGGUGACAGGGCAGGGGAGAGAGGUAGACUUUCAGUCCUAGCCUACAGAUACACAGUGAAACAGUAGACGUCCCCUUAUGCAUUUUUAACAGCUCAGCAGGUGAUGGGAACAGUUUGGUUGGGACAGUUUGUCCACAGAUAGAGUGACCAAGUGAUCAGGUGAGUCCAAACCGCUCUGUUUAGCUGCUAAUGCUACAAUAUUUGUCAGGCAUUAUUUGCAAGCUAACUUUGUUUGCAAGAUUUUAUCCUUUACCUGGACAAAACCGCAACGAGUGUAGAUUUGGCUUUGAUAACAUCUCAGAACAUUGCUUGCGAGAGUGGUAUGUUCUGUUUUAUAGGUUUUAUAAUUGAAUAUAGUCAGUGAACACUUGAGAUGAGUUCUCCAAAAAAUAACUCUUUUGUAAAUAUGUACCCUGAAGCUAAUAAUAUCUGGAUUCAUUGAGGUCUGUGUCAGACCUUGACUUUUCCGAGCUGCUCUGCACGCUGUAAUUAGGAGAGACUUGUGGGCCAGAGUGGAUCAACUCAGUCUAUUCACAAUAAGAAUUUAUCUGAAGGGGAUGUCAUUCACAAAUGAAUCCUGUUCUUUUUCCCUCAGCUGUGAAUGACAUCCCUCAUCAUUUUCCUGGAAAGAGACAAUACUCUAUCGUCUGCUUCAUUCAUUAAAAAAAGAGGACUCUUUCUCUCUGUCAGACAGCUUUUGAACUGCCAUCACGUUCUGCUCACCUCUGACCCUGAGUUUGAAAAAACUGAGGUGGUGCAACUUACCCAGUCUGAGGUGCAAACCACCUUGCUUUCAUUUCUGUGGGAAGCCCUUCUAUCGACCUGAGGAUCCCUUUUGGCACUUCUGAGGUUUACCAGUAAACGAGGAUGCCUGGAGCCAGUGGCGUCAACGUGGAGGGCUCUUGUGAGGCCCUGCGUCGAACCCUGGUGUCACAGAACGGCCUGCAGAGAGAGACGGCUGACAUCUCCCAGUCUGUCCUCUACACCUCACUGAUGGGCCUGCUUCUGGUCGCUGACAACGAGAAGGAGCAGCUCAACUUAGGAAGCGGAAGGGUUGGCCUCAGAAACAUAGGAAACACAUGUUUCCUGAAUGCAGUAGCCCAGUGUUUGUCUCACACACGUGGCCUGCGGGACUACUGCCUCCUCAAGUCCUAUAGGGAUGAGAAGUACUCCAAAGAGGAGGCUAAGCUCAUGGAAGCUUUUUCUCAGGUGCUGACAGGCCUUUGGGAUGUAAAUGAAGGAGACACAGUUGUGAAUCCACGACAGUUUUACAAUAUUUUUAAAGGAGCCGUGCCUUACUUCAGUGGUUACAGUCAACAGGACGCCCAGGAGUUCCUGAGGUUCCUAUUGGACAAGUUGCACACAGAAAUCAACCGCAGACCCUACGUUCGACGAACAGGGAAGGAGCCCGAACAAAAAUAUGCCAGAUUUAGGAUUUCAGAAGAGGCGGCUGCCAUGUGGAAGAAGCACUUGGAGAGAGAUGACAGCAGAAUAGUAGACCUGUUCUCGGGCCAGCUGCGGAGCUCGCUGCAUUGCUCAGUGUGUUCCCACUACUCCAACACAUUCGAUGUGUUCUGUGAUCUGUCGCUGCCCAUCCCCAAGAGGAGCUCUGCUGGGGAGGUAACGCUGAAGGAGUGCCUGGACCUCUUCUCUCAGGAGGAGAAACUGGUCAAGGAGAAUUCACCAAUGUGUGAGAGGUGUAACAGGCACACAGAGUGCACCAAGCGGCUGUCCAUCCAGAGGUUUCCCCAAGUUAUUGUGAUCCAUCUGAAUCGUUUUACGACGUCACGGUGGUCCAUCAGUAAAAGCACAGUGUAUGUGUCCUUCCCCCUCACUAACCUGGACCUUGGACCCUACGGACCUGUCGACUGUGGCCCAGUUUUGUAUGAUUUAUAUGCAAUAUGUAACCAUGCCGGGACAGUGAACAUGGGGCACUACACAGCCUGCUGUUCAGAUGAAAAUGGUUGGUGCUUCUACAAUGACUCCAGUGUGACUCCAGUCUCAGAGAACCAGCUUCAGACCAAUCAAGCCUAUGUGCUGUUCUACCAGCGCAGCAACAGCACCACCACCACCGUCAGGAAAUAGACCUGAGACUGGCUGAGCCAGGCAGCCAAUCAGAGCAACUUUACCUCCAGUGUCCAUAGAAACGACUAGAAGCAGCAGUGCUGUGAUUCUGGCAUCUAUGAACGUCUCAAUGAGCUCAAAUAAACUCUGAGGUGGAGAGAAGCCAUGCUCACUUUAAGGAGGCUUGACGAGGUGAUCUCCCUCCUAAAUCAUGGAGAUGCUUUUCAAGAGUCUCACUGUGGGAGCUGAGGCAGCCCAGACAGACUGUAGCCUUAAGAGUCUCUGUGACCCAGUCCUCAGGCACGAGUGAGUGGUGUACUUGCAGAUAAUCUUGAUUCAUGCUUGCUCACAUAAACCCAAAUAAACAAAAAUAAAUCUUGGGUGGAAUAGAAAUAAGGCAACAUUUCAAUUGUGACAUAGAACUUGUUCAAAUUCUCUGACUAGAUUUCAAGCUACACUUUUGUGAAAAUGUACUUUAAUUUAAGAUGUAAUUAUCUGUAGCCUAUGCUAUAUUUAUGCUGUCUUUUUUUUUUUAAAUCUUAAUCUCCCUCCACAUGGACAGUUAACCCUGAAACUUGAAAAUAAUAAAAUGGGCUAUAUUUUCCUUCUAACUUAAUUAUAAUGUAUUAUGUAUGUAUAUAUAUAUAUUUUUUACAUUUUGCUAUUGUGCAUAUGGACAAAUGAUUGAAUGUAUUGCAUUAUUGAUAUUUAAAACAGUCAAUAAAAGACCAAUGAAAAAGUC